ACGAGAUUACAAAGAGUUUACAAGACUGUUGAACAUUUUUUUGUUACUUUUAUUACUUUUAUCGUGUAUUUCCAAGGUAUAACGCGUUUUAUUUUCAUCGAAUAGCGAUCAAAGACUGAUUUUUUUAUUCUAUCGUACGCGUAUACCUUGUUAUAUUCUUAUUCGUGCCGAGAGGUUAUUAGUUAUUCAUAUUUUGAAAGAAACUAUCUACGUUCUUGGAUCCAAAGAAUGUCUGUGAUCUGUAGAAGCAGCUUACUCAGGGCCAAGGCCCUUUGCAACAAGUUUAAAGAAUUAUUUGUCGUCGUGCGUCACGCAUCGACGAGCGGAAACGGCGAUAAGCCAGCAGUGAAGGACAUCCCCGAAGAUGAGAUUAAAAAAUCCGUAUUCAUCUCUCAAUCCACGGAUAUCUUCACCAAUUUGGCACUGGAAGACUGGUUUUAUCGCAACUACGAUUUUAGUCGACAGCAUGUGCUCCUUCUGUGGAAGAGCAAUCCGUGCGUGGUGAUCGGUCGUCAUCAGAAUCCCUGGCUCGAGUGCAACGUGGCUGCUUGCGAAAAUCACGGAUUCGUCGUUGCACGUCGUAACAGUGGUGGCGGUACCGUCUAUCACGAUGAAGGCAACCUGAACCUUUCGUUUUUCACGCCACGGCAGAGAUACAAUCGCCGUUACAACCUGGAUAUCAUCACCAGAGCACUGUUUCGCGAAUGGGGACUCAAGUCGAACAUCAACACGAAAGACGAUAUCGUUGUGCAGGGCGAGUUCAAAAUAUCUGGUACGGCUGCAAAAUUAGGGCGUCCCAAUGCUUAUCACCACUGCACGCUACUGGUUGAUGCCAAUAAGCGAUCGCUCAGCCUGGCUCUCAGGAAAACCGAGACUGGAAUGACUACCACCGCGACCGAAUCCGUGAGAUCAGCGGUGAAGAAUUUGAGAGAAGUCAAUUCCCAUAUUAGAGUGGAUCAACUACUCAGUGCCGUUGGCUGGGAAUAUCUUCGUACCAGGUCGCUUACGGUCAGCGAUGGUGGACACAAACUUGUCGAGCAACAAAAGGGCUUUCAAAUGAUUAAUCCUACUGAAGACUGGUUCCCAGGUAUCGAAAAAUUGACAGAAGAGUUUCGUUCUUGGGCUUGGGUCUAUGGGAAGACACCCAAAUUCACUAUAACUCGCCUACUUGAAGCCCCAACGUCGGGAGGUCAAAAUCACGUUUUAAAAUUGAUAAUCGAGGUCGAACGUGGCAUCGUGCAGGACAUCAAAAUGACAUUACCCUCGGAUUUCAAUCGCGAUGCAAGUGUUAUCACAAAUUUGCGCGGAAAACGUUACAGCCACGAACUCACCGACAGUAUCAUCGAAGCGACUGGUUGCAAAGUCGUUGCUCAGGAUCUGUCGGUCGACAAGAGCAAUAUUGCAGCUUUAUAGCAUACUAUUGACGACUUUACAAACGAUACCUGAAUUCACGCACAUACAUACAGACACGCGUACAGGUUACUGGACAGUUAAGUGUUCUACUUGCUUAAUUAUACUAAAACAUUCAUGUAUAAUAUUUAUAAACUUGUAUUUUGUUACGUUGUGUAGAAUACAUAUUAUAUAAUAUAUAUACAUAUUAUUACAUAUACAUUU